UUUCCACAGGUGUUUCGUAGGUAAGAUGUGUAUGGGGUGUUGUAGUUUGGGUAUGGGUUGAAGGGGGUACGGUAGGGGAGCUUCUAGAGGGGUGUGGAGGGCAGGGAAAGAAGGGGGUAAUAGGCGAGGUGUUCCGAGCGGGCGACAUCCAGCGACCCUUCCUCUCGGCGGGUUUAUAUGGAGGGACCGAGAGUGAAAGUUAUUAGUGUUGAGUGAGCGAGUGCACUGCAACGUACUCUCACCUUAGCUUAUACACGGCCCUGUCAACACCACCACCACCACCACCACCUCCACCACUACCGCCACCAACACUAACGCCCCACCAAGCACCACAUAUACACCACUUCACUAUAUACCACUAACGUGCACCACCAGCUCAACUCCAUCAUGCAGUUCCUUAGUUUUGCGAUAGUGUGCGCCUCCGUGAUCCUCGUCUACCUGGGAUGCCCCGCACAGGGUCACCCCAGCGUGCUAAUGAAGAAACGAAGCAGCUGCGACGAUAAAUGUAAAGGCUUCACGUGUGGCACCCCCAACCGCGGCCCUCGGGUGGUCGGGGGCGGUUAUACAGCGCCCCACGAGUACCCGUGGCUGGUCGCUUUCACCUACGGCAAGAAACUCUACUGCAGCGGCACCCUCAUCAACGACAGAUACGUGCUCACCGCCGCCCACUGCGUCACGAACAUAAGGAACAACAAGAUCACACUCACCUUCGGCAGCUACAACAAAACGCUGACGAACGAGAAUAGCCGCCAAGUGAGGAAGAUCGGCAGCGUCUGGUCCCACCCUGACUUCAACAGGCGCACAUUUAACAACGACGUGGGCCUUGUCAAGCUCAACAACCCCGUCGAGUUCACCAAAGAAGUCAGACCUGCCUGCAUCCCCGACGUGGCGAACCAGGAGACCUACGCUGGCAUGACGGGCAUCGUGGCAGGGUGGGGCCGCACCUCAGAGUACGGCAACGCCAGCGACGCGGUGCGCGAGGUGACGGUGCCCAUCAUUACCAACGAGGAGUGCAAGACCAAGAACUACAAGCCCAAUGACAUCACCGACAACAUGAUUUGCGCGGGACACGACGCGGGGAAGAUCGACGCCUGCCAGGGUGACAGCGGCGGCCCUCUCAUGCUCAAGAAUGGAAACAAGAUAGAAAUCAUUGGCAUCGUGUCGUGGGGCGAGGGCUGUGCACGCGCCUUGUACCCCGGGGUGUAUUCUCGCCUCUCCAGGUACAUGGACCUCAUCACGGAGCAGUUGAGCAUGGAGGAGAGCUGCUCCUGCCCCGACCCCGACCCCUUGGUGCACUAGUCUGCCACGACGCUCACGAGACCCGCGCUCGAGACGCUUCAACGUUUCGCUCGUUACUACUACGGAACAAUGCAAUUAUGUUAUGUUAAAGUUGAUCUUUAAUAAUUUAUUUAUUGUCUGCACAUUUAUUUUGUGGUUAGGAAGUCAGUGCUACUUUUCCCAUUGCUUACAGGCAAAACCCACACAGCAACACUUACAAACCAUUCCAAACAGUUCCGUUCCUCUCACACUGCUGGACACGGCUCGGCGGCCUCCGGAGUCAAAUCAAUGUAAAGCUCAAGACAAAGACUUAGGAUGCAUUCCCACGCAUCGAUGAGUUACCCUUCUGGUAACGUUGGUGCCCUUUAAAAAUCCCUCUGGACGGCUCCUACUCUUAGACCGCUACGUCGGGACACGCCCCCACGCUGUGCCUGAAGGAGUGGUCUUAGCCAUUACACGUGGAAACAUGAACCUGGAUACAUGAACAGAGUAUCGGACAACAAAACCAUUGCUAAUUUUGCUGCUGCUAUAUUUGAAGCCUUAUGGUUUCAAUAAUGUGAUAGAGUACGCCUAUCAGUGCCGGCAACACACUUUUGUAUCACGGGCAAUUAGAAUGUCUUUCCGUCAACACCUGAGCAAGUCAUGUCCAGCUGUGUGGGUGUGCGCUGACUGGCCAGAGAUGGAUCCGUCACGGAGUCGCAUAUUGCGGCUUUCCCGGCUCCACGCAUGAACACAACAUUCAUCUAUUUAUUUCCUGCGCAUAUGUCCCUGAACAUCAACAUUUACCACCACCAUCACGUUCUCAGACUACCUGCAGGACCUCACUCCCCGAGAUCCCUUACUCCACACGGCCAUGAUUUCCUUAGUGCAGGCACUGGCUUCCUUCACUUCCCCAACACCGUCUCAGCAAACACAAAGAUCUCCUCGCCAGUCAAAGUAGCUCCCUCUCAGCUUCACAGUCACACAGCUUUCCUCACCCUCACAUCUCCCUGACAAAGCUUUCCUCACCCUCACAUCUCCCUGACAAAGCUUUUCUCACCCUCACAUCUCCCUGACAAAGCUUUUCUCACCCUCACAUCUCCCUGACAAAGCUUUUCUCACCCUCACAUCUCCCUGACAAAGCUUUUCUCACCCUCACAUCUCCCUGACAAAGCUUUUCUCACCCUCACAUCUCCCUGACAAAGCUUUUCUCACCCUCACAUCUCCCUGACAAAGCUUUCCUCACCCUCACAGCUUUCCUCACAUCUUCACAUCCCUCUCACCCUUCUCUCAACAGUAAUGUCAAACCCAGCUUCCCUUCCAUCCUCCUCACAGCCUCCCACCUCCUACCUCCUCCCCCUCAUCUCCCUCACGCCUCUCUCAACACUAAUAUAAAACAACCAUCCGUCAACAUCCCAUCCCUCACUCACGACUCUUUCAGUGAGGCACAUCCCUUUCACAGCCUCCUUAUGCUCUCAGAUAACUUCACUUUACCUUCUACACACUCACAGAAACUUUUAUAUCUGUUUUUGUCUCUGUCUCACACACAGCUUGUUCUGUUUCUGUCAGGGACCAAUGCUUUGUAUCAAUCUGUGUCUCAAUGAUGCAUAAAAUCACAUAUCUAGUCCUCAUUCCCAGUAAAUAUAUAUGCAAAACCAA